GGGAGGCGAAUUCGCCAGUCACGGCCGCGUCAGUGAUCCGACGACGAUCGGCGCCGGUGUUUGGCAUCAACCGCAGAGAGAACACUUUCGGCGUUUUAUAUUAUGAUGUUAAAAAAAAAAAUAAUAACACUAUCGUUUACUAGCACCGUCGGUUCUGCCUAGAAAACACAGUCCGAACCAGUGAUUAGCGCACACGACUGUUAUCAUAAUAAAUAAUUUCUAUCGCAAAAAUAAUAAUAAUAUUAUCGUUAACGCGCGACCCCUUCGCCGACUGUCGACGAAUGAGUAAAUCGCCGGCGACGAACAGCUCGCGAUAACCAUUCUGUUUCGCGCACAAGGUAUAAUUAUGGUGCAGCGGCAGCAAAAGGGCGUGGGAGUGGUCGACAGCAACCGCACCAACGCGAUCCGCUAUUUUCGGUUCGGAUCUAUAUCGUCGCCAUAGUGUAAUGAUGGCACGAGCGUACGUGACUGUAUGGUUUGUAGCGUGGGUGUGCUGGUCGGCAGCUAUCAUCGUCGGUGCCAAGGUGAUGAAAUGCUGUCCCAGGGACAUGAUAUUGGCGAUCGACACGUUCUCGUGCACGGGUUUCGUAACCAAUGACCAGAACCAGCGCGAGUCUUACGCUUGGUCGUCGUCGGACGACUCGGCCGCGACCACCAUACCAGAAGACUUCGCGUUGUCCGUCUCUAACAGCAGCUCUAUACCAUGGUGGAUACCGCCCUACAUGGAGUUCCUGCAGGCCUCAAAUCUGUCGGAGAAGUUCGAACCGGACGACGGGUCAUUCGACACGGACGGCACCAUGCCUUGCGAAAUGGCCUCCCGGGAGAUGACUGUCAUCGACGACGACGUGGCAGUGCUGGACGACGGGCGGCUGGUCAUGUUCGGACAGGAGAACCGGUCGGCCGGCGCCUACGAGCGGCUGACGUUCACUAGCACCGAGUACUGCAUCGACCGAGUGUCACUGGUGGACAGCAUCACGCCCAACAACAAUAACAGCCACAAGACGACCACAUCGACCACGACCACUGCCGCUACGACGACGACCGUCAAGGACAGGAGCCGCUUGAGCAACUCGUCCACCGCCGCCCCCGAAACGCACGUCACGUACACGUACGUGGCGCUGGUGUGCCGGCCGUGCACGAGGAUGACGUGCGUGCCGAAGUGCUGUGGCAAAGGUCUUAUGCUCGUGUACCAGAAGAACAACAAGAGCGACGUCAUCGGGUGCCGGAAAAUGCAGUCCGUGGACAACGCCACUGCCGCCAUACAAAUGAAACUCGCCAACGGGACGGAACUACGGCGUAAGGACCUCUACUUCUUCGGCUUGAAGCCGCCGAACUGCGGUUCCCGUGGUUGGUACCUGCUUGCUGCGGACACGAUAAAGGAAAGCGGGGACGCAAAAAAACAGGAUACCGGGAUACCGAAAAAGCUAGCGAGCUACGGUCUGCUGCCGGACGGCCGCGUGCAGGUGGACGGCGGCCUGUUGCCCAUCGAGCGCGACGACUACUGCGUGGACGCGAUGCAGACCGGUACAAAGACGUCGCCGCCCACGUACGCGGGUGUGAUGAUCGCCUGCCGACUGGCCGCCGGUGUCGCGGACGCCGCCGGACCGCUCAAGUUCCGCGAGAUACUUUACGGUACCUAUUUCGUGGUCGGCACGAUUUUCCUGGCCGCCACGCUGCUCAUAUACGCUGUGCUGCCCGAGCUCCGCGUUACCGUCCACUCGGGCAACCUGAUGGCGCACACCGUCUGCUUGUUCGUGUCAUACGCCACGCUCGCAGCCACCACGCUCGUCCGCCGAAUGUUCAACAACUGCGCAUGCGUCAUUGCCGGUUUUGUCAUACAAUUUUCAUUCCUUGCAGCUUUUUUCUGGCUAAACGUCAUGUGUGCCGACAUUGCAUGGACAUUUAGUGGAUUCAGGCUACUUUUGUCCUCAAAUAAAAUUGAAAAUGAAAAGAAAAAAUAUGUCAUUUAUUCAGCUUAUGCGUGGGGUUGUAGCAUUGGAAUCACAAUUUUAACAGCUUUGGCUGAAUUCACCAAAUUAUUUGGCGACAGUAGUUACAAACCAAAUUUUGGAAAUUACGAUUGCUGGUUUUCUAAUAAGUUAUCAGUUGGUGUAUUCUUUUAUUUACCAAUUGGAUUACUUCUGUCGACCAAUUUUAUACUGUUCUUGUUCACUGCUUUUAGAAUUGUGUUCAUCCGAAGGGGUACUUCUAAAGUAUUGAAUCGCCAACAUAACCACAAUGAUAUGAGGUUGUCGCUGUACUUAAAGCUGUUCUGCCUGAUGGGCGUGACGUUCGUUUUCGAAGUGAUCUCGUGGGCGGUCGAGGCGCCCGCUUACUACUGGUACGCUACGGACGCUAUCAACUCACUCCGCGGCGUGUUCGUGUUCUUCAUAUUCUGCUGGAAGCGUUCGGUGCUCAACUUGCUCCUGGCUCGGGCGCCCGAGCCGGCUCGCGAGCGGUUCGUCCGAGCUUUCGGCGUCCGCGAGCCGCACCGGUACCCGAGCUUCUCGUCGUCGUGCCAGCCCAACAACUUUGGCACCGCCGUCAACACCAGCACGCGGACGCACAUUAGCGCCACGACGUCCGCGCAGACGGCCAACGGAUUGCAGCUGUCGCAGUUCGGCAGCUCGGCGUCCUUCGCGGCGACAGCGGCAAGGAGGAAUUCGUCGGGGCGACGGUGAUGACACGAUCCUUCGACUAACUGCGAGAUAUAGAGAGGACUCGUCGUCACGACACGAUCGGCGGGCGUGCGAGAGGUUUCUCUCAAAAUGUGUACAGCGCGUGUAGAUAAUGUAUGCGUGUAUAGUCUACGAUAUGACGUAUUGUGUUUGUAAGUGGCAUCGAAGAGCAUGUUAUAGACUGGUUUCCACAAAGAAAAUGGAGGUUGUAGUGUUUAUAAACAUAGCCCCUAAUAAUAAUAUUAAACAAUAAUAAUAAACCAUGUUAACUUUAAGACGCAAUAGGUAUUAUGAUAAAAAAAAAAGUGAUGAAUAAUAUUUAGGUGUAGUCAUUAAAAAUUACAGUAAUAGGUACCUAUUGAAAAAGGAAUAAUGUAUUGAAAAUCAUUUAAUUCAAAAUUUGGCAGACUGUGGAUUGAUAAAAUGUUUUACCAUAAAUCACAUUCGCAUUAUAUAACCAUUAUGGUAACUAUUAGAUUUUUCGAACAAACUAUAUCGUGCAGUAGUACCAGUGGUAGCUCGUUGGAUGGUGCACAAACAUUUUUAAGAAAUGUAGCGCGUCAAUACUUUUUUUUACGGCGUGGCUCGAUAAAAAUAGGUGCAUACAUUUAUUGUGUUCCAUAAUUGGCCAAAGUGCUGGUGCAUAUGUAACUUCAUUAAGUCCACCUGUAAGACCAUCAUAGUACAUAGUUUUAGGGAAACUAAUCUAUCCUCGCUUUGAAUUCGUCUAUAUCUUAGUUUGUCGCCACCGUUCAGAGGCCCGCCGAUGAUUAUAUUGAGGUAGGUGGGAGGGCAUGCCGUCUCCACUGUCUACUGUACACGUGUACAAGGGUCGCUACCACUCAUAACGUUAGGAAUUUACGAUUUCGGCUCGUAACCAUUAUUCUACAACAUUAUAUAAUAUCCAUUAUAUCUUAUAAUUCGACCUUAGAUGCCAAUUAUUUUCUAUACGCGUACAACCCACCCUAACCGUUUAUAUAUUUAUGCUUAUAUGAAAUAAAAAUCUUGUGUUGUUUAUUUUUUUCUGUGGAAUGCGGUAUUUUUCUUUUAAGUUGAUCACAUGUGUAUUUGACCCCCCGUCGGUUAGGUCCGUCUGUACACCCGGCUCUUCACACCAUCUGCGCCAGACCCUCAUCAACUGUCACGAUCACACGAUGUACUCGGCCGGCAGGACACUAACAUAUACAAUUUAUAUGGUUUUGGGUUUUUGACCAUUUAUGGUUGUAUAGUUUCGAUAUUGUUAUUUUUCUAGAAGUUUCAACAUAUUUUUCGACACGAUACGAUCGCCCGCCGGGGGUUAUCUCCGUCUGACCCAACUGAUUUAAAACGUCUGCAUGUGGUUCAUAUAAUAUCAUGUGCCGAUACGACUCAUUUACACACUUUAUAGGACUCGUGUAUACAUAUAUAUGUAUUUUUUUCUUAUUAUAUUACAUAUUUUAUAAAUUGAUUUAACUUAUUUCUCGGCAUCAAAGGUUUUUAUAUUUUCCUUAACGUUUCCAAAAUACGUUUUAUGAAUAUUUUUUAUAAUGGCUUACCCCUGUAAGACCAUAAAUAAUUUACCCUUGACAGCGGUACGGUGAAUUAUUCUAACGUGUAACUUUUUCAUUCGAGUCCUAAGAGCACGUAUUUUAAACACCACCAAUGUAUUAAAAUGUUUAUAGGAAUUUUGUUUGUCUACUCUCUGAGAGCACACACUUCAUAAUAUAUGUAUAACACGAACAAACUAUUUUAUAAUUCUCUGGGUCUUUCACGUUUUAAAAAGCAUACCUAUAUUUUGUGGCAUAAACUUAAAAAACUAAAUAGAUGACUUAUGUUACGCAUAAUGUGUUAUAUUUCUUAUCGGUGUUCCCAAUGAUUAGACCAAGGGAAAAUCAUGCAUCGGUGUUUUCGCAAAUUUUUUAGGGCCAGCUCCACUUUACUUACAAACUUCAAUCAUUCGUAUUGACCAAUCUACAUUUCAAAUUAACACAUAUAAAUUCUUCAUCUCAUUAAUCGUGAUUUAUAAGGAAAUACAAAGCAGACGGGACAAUAAAAAAUGAAAUUACUUAUGCGUAAUAUUACUAUACUAUUACUUUAAUGCGUAGGUACUACUACGCGUAUUGCACAACAUAUUGAUAUCUAAAACUAUGAGAACGUGAAGCGAGAUGAGUAUUAUAAAAUAUAGAUACUGUCAAAUAACGAUUUUACCAUGUCAAGAAUUUAAUUGUCUGUAUAAAUAUAUCAGUAUAUUUUAUGUUUAAUA